UGUCCUUACUCGAAACAACUAAUGUAGUUUGGUUUGUAUCUGGCAGUUUCAAAAUAUAUCAGCAGCACAAUUCGACUUCGUUAUGAUUUUCCCCUGCGUGAGCCCCCUUACCUGUAUCACGGGAUACAGCGGUGAUAUAUACCGAUAACGUUUACCUGUACUCCUAGGUAAAUACAUAGACGUUUACAACCCAAGUGUGUUCACGACAGGUAACUACUCUUGUGCCAUCACCAAUACGUUCACCUGAGUAAUCCAGUUACAACACCAGUACCCACAGUUUCCUCAGACACGUGGUCUGAUUUAUAUCGAAGAUAACCCCACAAGACAAAAAACUGUAAAUCAUGGAGGCGUACAUGCACUAUGUCUCCAGCAAAAUAGCGGAUAUCCGGAGCCCAACGGAACCGGAAACGAAGCCAUUACAGUUUGGAGAGCUGAAACUGUGGCCGUUCUGGCGAGCCGUACUCGCUGAAUUUGUCGGUACAAUGCUGUUUGUGUUCCUGGGAUGUAUGUCUGCUAUUGGGCUCCAGGUAUACGCUCCACCUGGCCACGACCCUGUUAAGAUUUCCUUCGCCUUCGGCCUCAGUAUCAUGGCUAUGAUACAGAUGUUCGGUCACGUGUCUGGGGGCCAUUUUAAUCCCGCCGUUUCUGUCGGUAUGGCGGUGGGAAAUAUCAUCACUCCUGUUCGGGCUCUCAUGUAUACUCUGGCACAGACAGGUGGCGCCAUCAUUGGAGGAUUCAUACUGAAAGGUGUAUCACCUGACGCUGUACAUAGUAACCUCGGCCUUACACAGCUGGACAGUAACAUAACCACUGGUCAAGGUGUUGGAGUGGAAAUAAUACUUACCUUUACACUUGUCUACACAAUAAUCGCCACCACGGACUCAAACCGCGUGGACUUCGGUAGCGUAUCUGUGAAGAUAGGCCUUACUGUAGCAACUCUCCAUCUGUCAGGGAUUCACUUUACAGGAGCCAGUAUGAAUCCAUCUAGAUCGUUAGGGAGUGCCAUUGCUUCUAACAACUUCACUGAUCAGUGGGUGUACUGGGUAGGGCCACUUAUCGGCGGAUCGUUGGCGGCCCUGACAUACAAAUUUCUCUUCAAUCCCUACAAGGGCGCCAUAACGAUGGAGGAAGCAGUCCAAAGACUGGCGGAUGACGGCAGCAUGGUUUGCAUUCCACGGGAUUAUUUCAAGGGCGAUACACAACGGAAGGGUGGCGAUCAAGUGGAGAAGUUGUCUAUGAACCUCUAAUGAGAUGAUACAUAGGAUAUUGACCACAAUCGUGUGAAUAUUUAAGCAUGCAUAUCUAACGUGUACUGGGAUACGGUUAUUCAUUAUCCUAUUGAACCUUGAAAGCUUGGAUUCUACAGCCUAAACAUUGUUUGUGUUUUAUAUAUUGCGGUUCAACAACGAUUUUUUCCCAUGUUUUUUUUCUC